AAAACUUUGAUAUAAUCCUAGGCACAUUACAGCAAUUUAUAGGUAUAGGUAAACAAGAUCCACGUGAGAUUCAGGAUUAUAGAGUAAGACACAACCUUACAAAUUCACACGCACACACAUAGACAGACAGAGAGUCACCGUACGCUUUUCAGCGCAGCUCCCCACCUGCUCUCGCACCUUUCCUCAGUCAGAGAUCACAGGCGCGACUCUCCAGCUGCCUCUCAACGUCGUCUCGAGCUGCUAACAUCUGCUUUCUCCGCUUUUUUUGGACACUUGUCUCUCUAUUUUUCACUCAUUUCCCUCAUAGCUUUCUACUGUGUUACUGACACCUUCAGUUUGACCCUCCUUGCCAGAAAGAGAGAGAGAGAUGGCAUAAACACAGCGGGGUCUUCAGCUGCCACACAAGCAGACUCACACAAGUGCCGAGACAAACGGUGUGAAGAAUGAAAAGGCCGAUGGGAAGGAAAGAGGAAGCGAGAUAAGACGGAGACACACAGCGGAAGAAUGUACGGAUUGGGGUCGGGCUCGAAUGCAUUCAGACGGCACAGGCUGUAGGAGGCUGAAAUGGCCACUCCUCGAGGGUGUUGGAGUCCCUCUCCUCAGCUCCUCUUCUUCCUCAAUCUGUUACUCAAUGUAGCACCCCCCUGCUGGGGACGUCCGUUUUUCGUCCCUCCCUCGGUUAACGUGGCUGUGGUUUUCAGCGGUUCGGCCCACCAUGGCGAGAUCAAGGGCCGCCUGAGUCCAGAAAACUUCCUUGACAUGCCCCUGGAAGUGAACCCCAUCACAGUGCUGGUGAACGACACUAACCCCAGGGCUCUACUGACUCGUCUCUGUCAGACUAUGGCUGCAGAGAACCUUCACGGUGUUGUCUUUGAAGAUGACGUGGACUCCGAAGCCGUGGCACAGAUCUUAGAUUUUGUCUCUACCCAGACCUCCAUCCCCAUCGUGGGCAUCAGCGGCGGCUCUGCUGUUGUCAUCACUCAUAAAGCUGAAGGCUCGACUUUUCUACAGAUGGGCGCCUCUAUAGAGCAACAGAUCAAUGCGAUGUUCAAAGUGAUGGAGGAGUACAACUGGGGUAACUUUGUGGUGAUCACCAGCCUGUAUCCCGGUUACGAGACCUUUGUGGACUACAUACGGUCCUUCACGGACACCAGCUACUUCUUAUGGGAGCUGCAGGAAGUGUUGAGCUUCGAGAUGUCCGUGGGGGCCAAUGACAUCCGCACACGCAGAUUACUUCAGCAGGUGGAUGCGCAGGUAUACCUGGUGUACUGCUCGCAUGAGGAGGCUGAGUACUUGUUCAGGAUGGCAUCCGAUGUGGGACUUCUGGGGCCUGGAUACAUCUGGGUCAUUCCCAGUCUGGCUGUAGGGAACCCUGAAGUGUCACCACCCGACAGUUUCCCAGUGGGGGUCAUCAGUAUUAUCACAGACCGUUGGAGGAAAACAUUGCGUCAGAGGGUUCGAGAAGGUGUUGCUGUCAUUGUGAAAGGGGUGCACAGUUUCCACAAGUACAGAGGAUUUGUUCCCGAGGGUCACAAUGACUGCAACAGUCCUACUAAACUUGAUACCUACAAUUCCCUCUUUAGGCAUAUGCUAAAUGUUUCAUGGGAACAUAAGGAUCUCUCCUUCAACUCCGAUGGCUAUCUUACCAAUCCGUCUAUGGUGAUCAUCGCUUUGGAUCGAGAGAGACACUGGGACAAGGUAGGAAGCUACGAGAGUGGGAUCCUGCAGAUGCGUUACCCUGUUUGGCCCCGUUACGGCAGCUUCCUCGAGCCUGUCUCCGACAACCGACACCUGACCGUGGCCACGCUGGAGGAGAGGCCCUUUGUGAUCGUGGAGAGCGUUGAUCCUGCUACAGGGACGUGCGUUCGUAAUACCGUGCCCUGUCGUCGCCAGGCCAACAGGACCGAAAGCAUAACCGGUCACACAGAGCCGUACACCAAACUCUGCUGCAAGGGUUUCUGCAUAGACAUACUGAAGAAGCUCUCGCGCACCAUCAAAUUUUCAUAUGACCUUUAUCUGGUCACCAACGGGAAGCAUGGCAAGAUGGUUCGUGGCGUCUGGAACGGGAUGAUUGGAGAGGUCUUCUACAAGCGUGCAGAUAUGGCUAUUGGCUCUCUUACCAUCAAUGAGGAGCGGUCAGAGAUCGUCGACUUUUCAGUGCCGUUCGUGGAAACAGGAAUUAGUGUUAUGGUAGCCAGAAGCAAUGGAACCGUGUCACCUUCUGCCUUUCUGGAGCCGUACAGUCCGGCCGUGUGGGUUAUGAUGUUUGUGAUGUGCCUGACUGUCGUGGCAAUCACCGUGUUCGUCUUUGAAUACUUCAGUCCUGUUGGCUACAACCGAAGUCUUGUCAGUGCCAAAGCACCUGGAGGUCCCACAUUUACCAUCGGAAAGUCUGUCUGGCUUCUGUGGGGAAUUGUCUUCAACAACUCUGUCCCUAUUGAAAAUCCCAAAGGCACGACCAGCAAGAUCAUGGUCCUGGUCUGGGCUUUCUUUGCUGUGAUCUUCCUCGCUAGCUACACGGCCAAUUUAGCCGCCUUCAUGAUCCAAGAGCAAUACAUUGACACUGUGUCUGGACUUAGCGACAAAAAGUUUCAAAAACCCCAGGAACAUUAUCCUCCAUUCCGCUUUGGGACGGUUCCAAACGGGAGCACUGAAAGAAACAUUCGGAGCAAUUACCCCGACAUGCACACCCACAUGAUCAAAUACAACCAGAAGGGAGUGGAGGAGGCUCUAAACAGCCUUAAAACAGGGAAGCUGGAUGCCUUUAUAUAUGAUGCAGCAGUGCUUAAUUAUAUGGCUGGCAAAGAUGAGGGAUGCAAGCUGGUCACUAUUGGUAGUGGGAAGGUCUUUGCUACCACAGGUUAUGGCAUUGCUUUGCAGAAGGACUCUCGCUGGAAGCGCCCCAUAGAUCUGGCUCUCCUUCAAUUCCUCGGAGACGGGGACACACAGAGGCUGGAGACAGUAUGGCUGUCUGGAAUCUGCCAGAAUGAGAAAAAUGAGGUCAUGAGCUCCAAACUGGACAUAGACAACAUGGCAGGGGUUUUCUACAUGUUGCUAGUUGCCAUGGGUCUCAGUCUGCUGGUCUUUGCUUGGGAGCAUCUUCUCUACUGGAAACUCAGACACUCGGUUCACAAGUCUGACCACUUAGAUUUUCUGCUGGCUAUUAGCAGGGGCAUAUACAGCUGCUUUAACGGCGUUGAAGACAUUGGCAGAUCUGCGAGCAUACAAAACCCAGACGUCACGGCCAGUUACGCACAAGCAAACAUGUUGAAAAUGCUGCAAACAGCCAAGGACAUCGUCUCCUCGACCAAGGUGGAAAACUCAUUGGAUAACGCCACAAAGACCAUUGAGAACUGGAGCAGACACGGCGGCAGCCUACCGGCACGAAUCCAUCAGGUGACCACGACUGAUAAGGUUCCUGGUUACGUCUCCUAUAUUACAAACGUCACAGAGAACCACAUACCUCAUAUGCAGCGUUCCAUAACUCCGCCUUUCGUUCAGCAUGCCAACACCACAAGCCCACCGCCAAUGCUAAACCAUAGAGUCUUAACACGGCCCACUCCUCUACGAUACACGCUUCCCGCCAGAACCAGGGGUUUGUACGAUGGGAUGCUUCCUGUAUCCAGUCUGAGCACUCCUCACCUGGCCAUGCAUGAUCUUCACUCCGAUCUGACCCAUACUGGUUCUUCCUUUGUUCCAUAUAGAGAUCUGCAGGUGCCGGACAUCUACACCGAACACCACAAGUCUUGCCUUUCUGAUGGCUUUCCCGAUGGCGUCAGGCAGAAGAAGAGAGCCCAAAAUCUAAUCAUGGAGUCCAUGGAUCUGAGGGGUCUUCACGAUUGUAAAGACCAAACUACGUGUCAUGCAGAAGCAAAUGAUUUUGCAGACAACCUCUCCUCUUCCUACAGUGAAAAUCCUUUUAUAGCGGCUGAUUCGGUGUGCAAACCAUACUUCGACUCCGUGCUAAACGACAUGCCUUUGAUAAGGAGACGAAAGCUUCAUCGAAGACCGUCGUUUCUGAAAGCCACUUGGGGUCCCGACAGAGUCCAGUUCCCUGGCGAAAGACCCUCAGUCACACCAUCCUCUAGAGUAACAAUACCCGACCUCUUUCCUUGCGUGGACGCACACGGACGAGUUCGAAACACCAUGCGUUUCUCCCAACCGGCGGAUCACACCUACCUUCACCCUUUCAGACGAAAUUCCAGAAAAACUCAAAAAUUGAGACACAGUCAGUCAACCAGGCUUCCCUCCUACAAGGAGGCGGUUUUUUAUAAUGCAGCUGCUGUUAGGAGGGCAUCCAGCAUGAUGUACAGACCGUACUCCUACCCUGAGCUGCCGGUCUAUCAGAGUCCACUGCCAUAUGGACCAGCAGAAUUAUGCAACAUUUUCCCCUGCAUGGGACAUCCCAGUGACAAUGUAUAUGGAGGUUACAGGGCACCCACACAUCUACACAAUGACCAUGUUGUGACUGUCCCAGGCAGCAGGGUGGUUCAUAGUAGCCCUAUUGUGCCCAUGACCUGGGGGAGAAUCUCCAGUUUGGAGUCCGAAGUGUGAACUUAUACUUUUAUGUGCCAAUUAUUAACAGUUUCAGCUCUGUGGUCCGAGCGUCUGCUGACCAAUAAAAUGAUUUCGGCUUUAAA